ACCCUGCCUUUCUACCAGAGAAGGAAACUUCCUCUCAACACGUAAAACUGACCGGAGGUCUUUUAACUGGAGCUACAGUGGCAGACACAGCUCUCUCACGUGAUGACAGAGAAGCCGGAUGGCCAUUUUGUUCGAACGGGGAAGCGAAGGCUCUGUGUUCUCUCUCUCUCCCUCUCCUCGCUGUGUAAGGAACACAGAUCCAACAUCAUUUGACAACCCUCACUUGGCUGCACCACUCCAGGUACCAGCUCUUUACAUCAGAUCUGGACACGAGACCAGGGUCAGUUACCCUGCCUGAGGGAGAACACCAAGGGCAAACAGGAAGGAACGCAGGAACGGCAGGAACUGCGACCACUGGAGGCGCCGCAGGGGUUGGGGGCUGGUUGCCAUGGUGACCCUGAACCGCCUGAGUGUGGUGGAUCCAGAGGACAGGUGCCCUCUGCUAGCGGAGGUGGAGGCGGUCCAGAUCUCCCCCAGCAACCACCACCAUCACCACCACUCCAGGAAACCUGACACCAGGGAGCUCCUCCUCAGCAGGACUAACAACCUAGCCCUGAGUCUGGUGUUGCUGGUGGGAUGUUACUCUGCUGUCCUCAUCCCUGAACUUAUACCCUCCAACAAGCUGUCCUCAACAGAGGACAGCCUGACACAAAAAGAUCUGGCCUUGCUGAACCGCUCGGCCUCCUUGCUCUCUGGAGCCUGCCAGUCAGACUGGUGUGUGAGCCGCCUGCGCUCCCUGGCCUGCUCCCCGGGCCUCCAGGACAUCCCUGUCUUCCUCCAUCAGGCCCACAGGCCCGUGCCCUGGGAGCAUGCCCCUCCGCUGGGGCUGCAGGGCAGCGAGGAGCCCCUGGUCCUGGCCCUGGCCACCAUCCCUAAGCCGGGCCUGCCCGCGCACCUGGCAGGAAGGAGGGGUGCGGGGGGCUGCAGGCGCUGUGUGGUGGUGGGCAGCGGUGGGGUGCUCCACGGCAGCCAUCUUGGAUCUCACAUCGACCAGUAUGACGUCAUCAUCAGGAUGAACAACGCACCGGUGUCUGGGUUUGAGCGGGACGCAGGCUCCAGGACCACCAUCCGCCUCAUGUAUCCAGAGGGAGCCCCUCAUUCCCCCAGAGAGUACCUGCACACCCCCCUGGUGGUCCUGGUGGUCUUCAAAAGCCUGGAUCUAGACUGGCUCACCUCCAUCCUCACCAAACAGCCUCUGAGCUUCUGGUCCAAGUUGUGGUUCUGGAGAGAGGUGGUGGAGGACAUUCCUCUGGGCCCAGAGAACUUCCAGAUCCUCAACCCGGAGAUCCUGCUCAGGACGGGGCUGGCGCUCCAGAGCUACACCCAGCAGCAGAGAACGAUGGUGCCCACGCUGGGGGCCUGUGCGGUGGUGAUGGCCCUGCAGCUGUGUGACCAGGUCAGCCUGGCCGGCUUCGGCUACGACCUGCAGCAGCCUGGAGCCAGACUGCACUACUACGAGUCGCUACGCAUGGAGGCCAUCAAGGCCCAGGUGGUCCACGACGUCAGCGCUGAGAAGCUCUUCCUGAGGGAGCUGGUGGCCGCAGGGGCGGUUAGCGACCUCACGGGGGCGCUGUGAAGCGGGCGCAGCGAUGCGACCCCCCCCUUCCCCUCCACUCGCGCCCGCCUGCGGGGACGUCAGCCUGGACGCCCCUCCUCGGGUUCAACAUGCCAACACGGGGGGUCUACGCUACACUGGAGCUCCUCCUCUCUUCUCCUGUCUCUCUCUCGUUCUUCUCAAACUCUCUCUCCCUUCAGGCUCUCUCCUGGUGGGAAACACUCAGUUUGACAUUUCCCAGCACAGUAGAGGCGGCACGAGGGAACACGUUUCACUUCAAUACGGUCAAAUGAGCUCCCUGCAACAAACUUUGCUACGUCAGGCCUCUCUUGGCAGAAACACUGCGAGCAGAUGUUCAUCUCACCACCUGGCCUGAAAUAACACUAACAUGGGCGCAGCACCUUGGGUCUUCACCAGAGCAUUCACUGAAGGGGGCUGUUCAAUGCGUCAUAUUCCAGAAUACGAGAGAUCGUCGAAGAGCUGAUGUCCUCAAGGGUGAACGUGGAUGCUGACUUGGAACAUCGUGGUCACACACCAGUGUGCCCAUGUCCACUUCCCACUUGUUUGAACUGAACAAGCUUAGAAAGGGUUGACUUUGUAUUUUUGUUAUAGUUGUGUUCUUUUUAAAGAUAUAUAAACAGAUUUGACCAUCACUGAAGAUUUUACAUGAACAC